AUGGCUUUCGAGCAGUCUCCUUUCAAGCUGACCCAGGAGUUCCUCGACGUCAUGGACGGGGAGUGCUCGGAGCAGUACGAGUAUUUUCGGACCUUGGUGAUCAGGGGCUUCUUAGAGGCGCGCAAGCACCGCGAGCGGAUCAUCCAGCCGGUCCGCAUGAUGCUGACCGGGUCCAAGCUCCCUUGCUUCAGAGAGGGCGCAGACUUCGUGUUGCAGACUCUCCAAGAGCGUUUCUUCGUCAACCUCACAGAGGAGGCCUGCAUCGAGAAGAUCGUGGACCUGAUCGACGCCUCCGUGAACAACUGGCGCACGAUCCAGUACGACAACUACCAGCGCAUCGUGCACGGCAUCCUGUGA